CCGGAGAAACGCUAUCAUUGGCCGUUUAAUUUUGUGGCACAUUAUAAGAGCUGCCGUCGCUUCCGGCGAGUCGCAACUUGUAACUUUUCGUCAUACUGACAAGUUGCCCCAGCGGACUUGAUAAGGAUUUAAUCAUCUGAAAGAUUUCAUUUAGAUAUCCUUUAGUGAGCCCUAUAGAUUGAUCUCUUCCCUCGAGAGUUGUAUAUAUUGGCCAACUUUCCUGUCGUUUGCCCACGCUGUCAGUACAGUGGUCCGCACGGAGUCGGCAGCAAGCGGAAAGCUUCUGAGGGAGCAGCGCAGGGUUGCAGUCUGCAGUAGUACGAGUUACAGUUUGCCGUUUGGUGUACCUAAGGAGCCAGGGAAGGAAGCAAGAUGAUCAGACUUAAGUUCAGCGUGAUUGUAGCCAUGAACAGGGCUCCCCUGCACUGUGUGUGUUUCCUCUGCUUGCUGACGUUUGGAGUGUUUCAUCAGGCGGAGGCGGCAGCUCAUCAUGGAGGCUUCGACCCAGUCUCUGUUACAGCCAAGAACCCAUAUCAAGAGUCCCUCAAAGAAAACGAAUUCUUACAGAAGAUAUUUAAGAAGUAUGGCAAGGAUGGAAAGAUGACCUUUGAAGGUUUCCAGGAGCUCCUGGAGAGACUGGGACUUGGUGAGGUGAGGAUUGCGCAGCACGAGGCAAUGGUCGUUAGUUAUGAUGAAGGGGACAGGAAUAGCACUGCAUUGGUUGUGGACACAGUUGGUGACACUGAUCAUGUGCAUUAUCCACACAACAAUGGUUUGUCUGAUAAUGGCCAUCAUCCUGAUCAUCAGAAUGAGGAAAGUGGUACCACUACCAGUCAACAGGAUUCUGAUCAUUCACAUCAGGACUCCCAUGAAAGUGCAAUGCCAGGGGAAGCACAUGAUCACCAUGAGGAGCCAACAGAGACAAUAAAGGUUCCACAGAGUCCAACCACAACUGUAGCGCCAGCACCUGCUGCUGUACAGGUAGCCCCAACUCCCAGGCCGGGAAGGCACGGCAGCAGUAGGAGACAGAGAAGAAAAGGGAAGAGGCGGCAGAGACGGAGAGGGCGUAAGUCCACGGCAGUGCCAGCAACCAGUAGUUUAGACCUCAUGGAGCUUGAGGUUACAACAGAGCCGCUCAGAAGGGUGCGCAGGGAUGCAGCCAGUAGCACAGGCAAGGAAGAUGAGAAACACCAUGAUGGUCAUGAUCAUGAUGACCAUGAAGAUGAGGAGGAGCAUGGACAUGGGGACCAUGAAGACCAUGGACACGAAGACCACGCCCAUGAGGACCAUGAUCACGACCAUGGACACGAAGAUCAUGACCAUGGACACGAUGAUCAUGGCCAUGGACAUGAAGAUCAUGACCAUGAACAUGAUGAUCACGACCAUGGACACGGUGAUAACGACCAUGGACACGAUGAUCAUGACCAUGAACAUGAUGAUCACGACCAUGGACACGGUGAUAACGACCAUGAACAUGAUGAUCACGACCAUGGACACGGUGAUAACGACCAUGGACACGAAGAUCACGACCAUGGACACGAAGAUCACGACCAUGGACACGAAGAUCACGACCAUGGACACGAAGAUCACGACCAUGGACACGAUGAUCACGACCAUGAAGGCCAUGAUCAUCAUGGACAUGCUCCAGGCGCCCAUGUAAGCCAAUCCUCUUUCACACUGUGCUGUUGUUUUGCUGAAUGGUAG